CUUGUCGAUUAAUCGAUACCAUAUGUGGAGCUGUCAACUGUGUGGAGUGAAUUUUUGUGUUGAUAAUUUUACAUAACCGCAACUUCCACACGAGCAAUAUAACUUUUCAUUAUUGAAUAAAAACGUUUGAAUAAUUACAAAAUGAUUGCCUCCCGUUUUGUGUUAAGACAAUUGACAUGCAAUGCAACUCGCCGCAUGUUCUCCGCCGAAGCUGCUGCAGCAGCCACCGAAGGAGCAAAGAAUCUUACACCACCACCACCAGAAGGUGUUGCCAAGCCGGUUAAUCCAAAACUCGAGAGUAUUGCCAAUAGUAUAGCUGGACUUAACCUUUUGGAAGUCUCCGAACUCAGUGCUUUGUUGAAGAGUAAAUUGAACCUGCCCGAAACUUCAUUCGUUCCACAAAUGGCCAUGGGCCCUGCCAGACCAGCUGCCGCUGCUGAGGAAGAAGAAGAGGCAGCCCCCAAGAAAGUACAAACUUCCUUCAAAGUGAAACUUGUGAAAUUCGAUGAAAAACAAAAGGUUGCACUAAUCAAGGAAGUCAAGAAUCUUUUGGAGGGCAUGAAUUUGGUACAAGCCAAGAAAUUCGUUGAAAGUGCUCCAACAGUUGUUAAAGACGACAUACCCAAAGACGAAGCCGAAAAACUUAAGGAAGCUUUAACCAAGGCUGGCGCUGUUGUUGAAAUUGAAUAAAUAAAAUAGAAUAAUACAAUUGAAAUUAUUUCUAUUGUUAAUUUUGGGUUAAUAUUUUAAGUUAGUAUACCUACAUCGUAUGCACUGCAUCUAUGAAUUGAAUUGUUUUCACAAGACGUUAUAGUCUAUAAACGAAAUAAAUCGAAACCAACAGAUUAUGGAAAA